AUGCCCUUCGGAAAACAACUCGAUGGACUAAUUUCCAAGGCGAAGGUCCAGUACGAUAAGUACCAGGCCUCGCACCAGGCUCCUCCGGUGCCUCCGCGCCCCAAUCAGCAGUACCCCGGCCAACAGUACCAGUAUCCCGGCCAGCAGUAUCCCGGCCAGCAGUACCAGCAGCACCAGCAGCAGCAGCAGUACUACCCCGCCAAUCCUGUCGCCGACGCCAGCGCGCACUACCCAGCAGCCGCUCCGCACUACUUUCCCGGCUCUCACCCUCCGCAACAGUCCUCCUACCAGAGACCGCCGCCGCCGCCGCCGCCGCAACAGCAAUACCCGCAGUAUGGCCAACCCCAAUACUCGCAGCCGCAGUAUGGCCAGCCUCAAUACGGCCAGCCCCAAUACGGCCAGCCGCCCUACGGCCAGCAGCCCUACGACCAGCAGCCUUACGAACAGCCGCAGUACGCGCAACCGCCGUAUCAGUCGCCCUACCAACCGCCCUUCCAACAGCCUCCGCCGAUCCCGACACAUCCGACCGCGCUGCCGCACUACUGGGCGCCCAUCCUCGAUCCGAGCGCCGCCGUAUCCGUGAACUUCGAGCACAAGCAAGGCGCCGGAGGCUGGGGCAACAACGAAGCCCAGACCUACACGGCAGACGCGCGCAAUUCCUUCCACACGCCCAAUGGCGCCCUGGUGCUGCGUGCCAUCGCCGACCGCAACGCCCCCGAGGGCCAGCAAUACACGAGCGCCCGCCUGGUCUCGCGCCAGCCGCUGGCCCGGGACCGCGGCUUCCUGCAGGUGCGCAUAACGGCCCCGUCGGCAAAGGGCAUCUGGCCCGCCUUCUGGCUGCUGCCGCGCGAGCCCUUCACCUGGCCCGGCGACGGCGAGGUCGACAUCUUCGAGGCUUGGAACGGCGUGCGCCAGAACCACGCCUGCCUGCACUGGGGCCACUUCAACGGCGAGGACUGGAACAAGCACCGCGUCGUAGAGACGCCCAUCCCGCAGCUGGAUGACCCCAACGGCCGGUGGUACGGCUUCUCAUGGGACCAGGACGGCCCCACCGGCCGCAUGGUGUGGUAUGUCGAUGGCAUGCCCGUCAUGAAGGCCCCCAUUCCCCCCGGCACGAGGAGGUUGGCCGAUUUCCAGAUCAUCAUCAACAUCGCAAUGGGCGGCAACGUCAACCAGAACGCCCUGCCCGAGGAUGGCCAGUAUGAAAUGGUGAUCCAUUCUCUCAAGCUUCACGAAGAGCCAAGUGGGGGCUGGGCUGCGUUCGAGAGGGAUUGGGCCACUGCUGCCGAGGGGCGUCCGAUGUAG